AUGGAGAGGGACAGCCGACCGAAUGAUUCCCCAUCAAGGAUGUCUUCAGCCCGGGCAUCCCCAAACCACGGGACCCCAACCAGAGUGUCCCCGGCCAGAGUUUCCCCAGCACGGGUAUCAACUUCCAGGUCAUCGUCCAGCAGGUCAUCAUCUGCCAGGUCAGCCUCCACAACGGUUUCUCCAACCAGAGUGUAUCUUGUUAGAGCAACACCCGUGGGGGCGGUACCCAUCCGGUCAUCUCCUGCCAGGCCACCACCAGCCACCAGGGCCACCGUGGAGAGCACAGGUCUCAGCUUGCCCAAGUUCACCUGGCAGGAAGGCCAGAAGCGGCUACCGCUCAUCGGGUGCAUCCUCCUCCUCAUCGCCCUGGUGAUCUCCCUCAUCCUGCUCUUCUACUUCUGGCGAGGCCCCAUAGGGAUCAAGUACAAGGAGCCGGUGGAGAGCUGCCCCAAGCAUGCUGUGCGCUGUGAUGGGGUGGUGGACUGCAAACUCAAGAGUGAUGAGCUGGGCUGCGUGAGGUUUGACUGGGACAAAUCUCUACUUAAAGUCUACUCUGGAACCUCCCAAAAGUGGCUUCCUGUCUGCAGUGACAACUGGAACGACUCCUACUCAGACAAGACCUGUCAGCAGCUGGGCUUCGAGAGUGCUUACCGGACAACCGAGGUGACCCAUAGGGACUUCUCCAGCAGUUUCUCAGUCUCUGAAUACAACUCCACCAUCCAGGAAAGUCUUUACAGGUCUGAAUGCCCAUCCCAGCACUACGUCUCUCUCCAGUGUUCCCAUUGUGGACUUAGGGCCAUGACUGGGCGCAUCGUGGGUGGGGCACUGGCCCCAGAAAACAAGUGGCCUUGGCAAGUCAGUCUCCACUAUGGCACCACACACAUUUGUGGGGGCACGCUGAUAGACGCCCAGUGGGUGCUUACCGCAGCCCACUGCUUCUUUGUGACCCGGGAGAAGAUGUUGGAUGGCUGGAAGGUAUAUGCAGGCACCAAUAACCUGCACCAGCUGCCCGAGGCAGCUUCCAUUGCCGAGAUCAUUAUCAAUGGCAACUACACUGAUGAGCAAGACGACUAUGACAUCGCCCUCAUGAGGCUCUCCAAGCCCCUGCCUCUGUCCGCUCAUAUCCACCCUGCCUGCCUCCCCAUGCAUGGACAGACCUUUAGUCUCAAUGAGACCUGCUGGAUCACAGGCUUUGGCAAGACCAGAGAAACAGAUGACAAGACAUCCCCUUUCCUUCGGGAAGUACAGGUCAACCUCAUUGACUUUAAGAAGUGCAAUGACUACUCGGUCUAUGACAGUUACCUUACUCCAAGGAUGAUGUGUGCUGGGGACCUUCGAGGAGGCAGAGACUCCUGUCAGGGCGACAGCGGGGGGCCUCUUGUCUGUGAGCAGAACAACCGCUGGUACCUGACAGGAGUCACCAGCUGGGGUACAGGCUGUGGCCAAAGAAACAAACCCGGUGUAUACACCAAAGUGACAGAAGUCCUCCCGUGGAUUUACAGAAAAAUGGAGCGUGAGGUGCGCUUCCAGAAAUCCUAG